AUGCAAUACCCGAGAAUCACUCGUAACGAAUCAAAAGCGAUUGAACUCACCCGCUGGCUCCUGACGCCCCUCGGUGUCUGGGCCUUCAUAAAAACAUCUCCAUCCCCCAAAGAAAUAAUUUCGGCAAUUUUCCAACAAUUUAUCUGUUACAGUAUCAUCCUAUUCGCCCUGGUCCCAUCGAUAUUCCACAUUUUAUUUCGUGAGAAAAAUUUGAGUGCUAAAAUCGCACUCUGCGGACCCGUUGGAUUCUUCAUGAUGAACUUAUUGAAGUAUUCCGCUAUAAUUCAUCACCGUAGAAAUAUAAAAAUGUGCAUCGAGCACGUAAAGACCGACUGGCUGAGGAUUGACAACGAUCUGGAGAUCGAUAUCAUGAGAAAAAAUGUUCUGAUCGGUAGGAAAUUGACGAUAGUGUGCGCCUCAUUCAUCUACACUGGAGGUAUGUCUUAUCAUACGGUGAUGCCGUUCCUCAUGGGAAGUCCUGCAUCAAGUGUUCAUUUCGACGAGCCUCGACCCAUGGUUUUUCCUGGCUACGACGUUAUUUUUGAUCCGUACAUAACACCCGUUUAUGAAAUUGUUUAUUGCUCUCAUUGUUUAGCUGCUCUUAUUAUUUACACUAUCACCACAGUAUCUUGUAAUCUUGCUGCGAAUUUUGUGAUGCACGCUAGUGGUCAGAUUCAGAUAAUUAUCGGUAAGCUGAAUGGAUUGGUUGGUGAUGAGUACAAAUCGGAUGAUAAAUGUCUUGGAGAAAAAAUAGGGGACAUUGUUCGUGAUCACGGGAGGGUUCUCAGAUUUACAAUAAAAAUCGAGAGAGUUCUCCGCGAAAUUUGCCUCGUCGAGGUGUUUGCAUCAGCGAUAAUCAUUUGUCUCCUAGAAUAUUACUGCCUCACGACGUGGAAUGAGAGUGAAACGAUUGGAAUUAUCACUUAUUUUCUUCUCUUGAUGUCUCUGUGCUUUAAUAUAUUUAUUUUUUGUUAUAUAGGAGAAGUUUUGAAGAAACAGUGCUACGAACCUGGGCAUACGGCUUAUAUGAUUGACUGGCAUCGGCUUCCACCGAAUAAAGUGUCUGCAUUGAUUUUGAUCAUCGCGAAUGCACAAGUCCCGAGAAAAAUUACAGCUGGAGGAAUGCUUGAUCUUUCUCUCAGCAAUUUUCUUACUGUAAUGAAGACAUCAUUGGUCUAUCUGAAUUUGUUGAGAACCGCCGAAACUUCAUGAUAUGAUUUCAACCGAACAAAUGUCAAUAUCACUAACAAAUUAUCUAUUUCGAACGUAAAACCGUUACGAAAGAGGCGUAUAAUUUUUAUUGCAUUUUUCUCUCCGUGUAGCAAAUAAAUUUUCGAUAAAAAAAGUGUCGUGACAUUUCCCUCCAAAAUCAAUACCUUCGGAAAUUAAUCGAUACCCAACAAAACUUUAACACUCAACUCAUCUCACUUAACAACUUCGCUAUUGAAUUAUUCCCGCAUUAAAUAUUAAAUUAUCCCAAUGAAAGGAUUGCGUGUUCA